UAGAGGAUUGAGAGUGCUAGCUCUCCUCAGUGUUGGAGGAACAACUUCGAAGCCUAUAUUUACUAUUAUCUGUAUCGACUUUCCUAAUUCAUGAGUUUGCAUGUCGCUCACGAUUGAUCUUCAACUAUUGCCUACGCAUGAUCUGUCACGCGAAAUGAUUCAAAGAGAUCGUCUCAUCUCAGGCUUCACUCUCCGAGUUUACCCGCCAGAACUAGCAUGGGCCGAUCGCUCGGCACCAGAGUCCCCUACAACCACGCAACUUUGGCCAACAUCCGGCCUGAACCCUGCAUUCAGCGCUGGCAACCAGAUCGGUGACUCGGAGCGACUACGUAGGCAUCGCCCUUCCGGUUAUUAUGCAAGGACACUUUUUUUUUUCAAACUGCUGCCAUGGGGUUCUUACACUGCUUAUAAUACAAGUUUAUUGCCGCUUGCUGCCCUUGCCAAACGCCAUUUGCUAUCACACCAGUUCGCUGUCAAGCCGGCGCUCUUGGCCGCUGUGUCGGCCCUUUUCCUCCCCCUUAAUCUUCACGACGCUCCACCCCUUCUUUGAUCUGAUUCGUGUUUUGUCGAUGGUUGCUUCCCUGUCUCUUUGUUUGCUUCGUUGAUUCUACGUUGACAACUCCACUUGCCUCACCAAUGACCGCUUGCUCGCU